GUAGACAAUUAAAUCUAAAGAUACUUUUCUUUAUGAACAUUGUACACAAUUUAUGAACUCAUUAUCAACCGUCAUAUGAGCACCGCUAUGGAUAGGCGGGAAAUCCUGAAUCAGGUUUCUCGAGGUUACCGGUUACCCAAACCCAUAUACGUGGAGUGUCCCGACUCUUACUACGAUAUGAUGCUUAAGUGUUGGGAUGAAGUGCCCGAAAAUAGGCCCACUUUUGAGUACUUAUACCACUUCUUCGAGGACUACUUCGUGGCCACUGAGAGACAGUACCACAAAGCAGAUGAAAACGAGGAGGACAUCGAUGACCAAUAA